GCUAUAGUAUAGUGGGAGGAUGCCCUCAUCGUGGGUAAAAUUUUUAGUCCAGUAUUGGAAUCAGAAGUACUAGUAGGUGGAUCGGGCAUUGUUGUUGAGAUUUUGUUGUAUUGGAGAGAGACUGUAGACAUUUAAUAUCAGGAACAUAAUCUAAUAAUGGAGAAACAGUUACAUCUUAAUUUACUGUCAUCCAGACCGGCGUUACCAGGAGGUUUGCAAUCAGGUUCGAAAAUGAGAAUGGGACCUGGAAGGAAACGUGACUUCUCUCCCUUGCCAUGGAGCCAGUACUUUGAAACCAUGGAGGACCUUGAAGUGGAAAAUGACAACAUCAAGGACACUUUCCGAAUCUACAGCUGCGGAUCCCAGGGGCCCGUGCUUCUGCUCCUGCACGGUGGCGGCCACUCAGCUCUGUCCUGGGCCGUCUUCACGUCAGCCAUCUGCAGUCGGGUCACCUGCAGAGUGGUAGCUUUAGAUCUUCGGGGUCAUGGUGACACAAAAGUAAAAAACAGUGAAGACCUGUCAGCAGAAACCAUGGCCAAGGAUGUUGGCAGAGUGGUUGAAGCACUCUAUGGUGAAAAUCCUCCACCGAUCCUGAUUAUUGGACACAGCAUGGGUGGGGCAAUAGCAGUUCACACAUCAGCAGCCAACCAUUUGCCAUCCUUACUUGGCCUCUGUGUGAUUGAUGUGGUGGAAGGGACAGCCAUGGAUGCUUUGAAUAGCAUGCAGAAUUUCCUGCGCAGCCGACCAAGGACCUUCAAAUCACUGGAGAAUGCCAUAGAGUGGAGUGUAAAGAGCGGACAGAUAAGGAAUGUGGAGUCUGCACGGGUGUCUAUGGUGGGACAGGUGAAAAGGUGUGAGGAGCCCCUGAGCAGUCCUGGCAUCUCCAAGGGCAUCAGUGAAGGGAUCAUUGAGGAAGAGGAGGAGGAUGAAGAUGGAGGAGAGUCUAACUACAAGCUGAAGAAAGAAGGCGACCAAGAGAUAAAAAAUGUGAGCCUUUUCACCUGGCGUAUUGAGCUGGCCAAGACUGAGCGCUAUUGGGAUGGUUGGUUCCGAGGCUUAUCGUCUCUCUUUCUCAGCUGCCCAGUUCCUAAGCUACUUCUCUUGGCAGGUGUUGACAGGCUUGAUAAAGAUCUCACUAUUGGACAAAUGCAAGGGAAGUUCCAGAUGCAGGUUCUACCCCAGUGUGGCCAUGCUGUUCACGAGGAUGCCCCUGACAAAGUUGCAGAGGCCCUUGCUGUUUUCAUGGUCCGCCACAAGUUCACGGAAUGGAAAGAUGGGUUCCAGUGUGUAUUUCCGGCUUGCUGACUGGAUUGUGUCUGUUUGGGACCUGACCCAGGAAGCCCUGUGAUAUCUCCUGUCUCUGUGCCAUACAGCAACGUCAGAACUGCAGACUCUUGUGUUCUUCAGUCCACUGGGCUGAAGAAGAAGCCUGUGUCUUUGCUGUAAAACAUUUUUGGCCCUUAAGUUAAUAAAUUAAAAUGAGUUUG